UAUACCGAGUGAAGCAUGAUCUCUUCUCGGCAUGCAGUGAUGCAUACGGAAAAUUGAUCUCGUACAGCUCUUGUGCCACGUAGACGCAGUACAAUUGUAUUCGAACUGGGUAAUAAUGGCUCCGCUGCCAUUUUAGUUAUUCCCUUUGUUUUUUCCGGAAUCGCUUGUUUUGUAAGCUAAUGAACAGUUUCUUGACAAACGAGGAUAUUGCGGUUUGAGUUUAACUUUUAAAAAAUGUUUAUUUCUUCUUCCUCAGCCAUUCGUUAUGGCUUGCUGUUUUUGUUAACAAUACAAAAUACAGCCACAGUUCUUUCUUUACGGGUGUCGAUGAUUAAUGCUUCGGCAUCAAAGAACGAGUACGUCGUAUCGACACUGGUGCUCACCAUGGAACUCAUUAAACUUUCCAUCGUUCUCACUCUGCUCAUGACGGUUAAAUUGAAAUUUUCCGUUCGAAAGACGUUCCAUCUGUUGUACAAUGAAAUCUUAUGUCGACCAAUUGACACGUUUCCUUUGGCAGUGCCAAGUUUUCUUUACGUGCUACAGGAUAAUUUGAUCAUUUAUGCAUUAUCGUGUGUCGACGCAGCCACCUACCAAGUAACUUAUCAGACGAGAAUCUUGACGACCGCAUUAUUUGCAAGGAUAUUACUUAAUCAAAUACUGCCAAUUAAGAAAUGGCUUUCACUCAUACUGUUGAUGCUUGGGGUCAUUUUAACUCAGCUAAAUUUCAAUGAAGAGAGCGGCGAUAUCAGUUUCCGUUCUGAAAAGGAAGGUUCCGUUUAUUUUUGGGGCCUCUUGGCGAUUUGCUGUGCCACACUAACCAGUGGUUUCGCCGGAGUCUACAAUGAGAAAUUAAUUAAAAAUGGAAAGCAACCUUCCCUGUUAAUAAGAAGUAUUCAACUUAGUUUGUUUUCUGUUUUCUUCGCCUUUUGGGGCGUCCUGUUUAAAGAUGGUGAUCUCGUCAGCACACAAGGGUAUUUUUAUGGAUACAGUCCAUUUGUGUGGUUAAUAGCAACGAUGCAGGCCCUCGGAGGAAUAAUCGUGGCGGGAACUAUGAAAUUUGCCGACAACAUUCUGAAAACAUUUGCAACAUCUAAUUCGAUUGUACUGUCGUGCGUUCUUUCCUAUUUCGUACUGGAAGACACUAAUUUAACGCCAACAUUCAUUGUCGGCACAUUUGCAAUCAUAUUGGCUACUUUCUUGUAUACAACUGCCACUGACAAGAAGAGUCACCUGUUGCGGUUAGCAGGGUUGCAUUCAGUGACACCACUCAAAUUUUUAUGA